UGGAGCGGACCAUUCGGCUUGCCGGGAGCCAUGUUGGUGCUGAAUGCAGGGAGGGUGAGGAGGAGAUGCUGCGCCCGGAGAUGCUGCCUGUGAGGGAAGGAAGCGCCGUGUAGAUGGUAGCUGCCGGGAGACAGCCAGGAGGAGCGGGGGAGGGGAGCACUGCGGGCCACUGAGGGCUGCUCUAUGCCAGGAGACAAGGAGGGCGACUAUGGCUGCUCUGCUGCUGGGAACAAGCCUGGCUUGGCAUCUCCUCCUCAGCAUCCCUUUGUUCACUUGCAGCCUGGGGAAGCAUGCAGGGAGCUGGGAGAGAGCUGGGAGCAGACUGCUUCCUCCCCCUCCAGCCAUGGCCAAGGAGGCUUCCAUCCCAGAGCUCCCUUCUGACAUCAAGGAGACUUCCAGCCCAGAGCUCCUUUCUGGAAUCAAAGAAGCAUACAGUCCAGGGCUGCUUUCAGGGCUCAAGGAGGCUUCAAUCCCAGGGCUCCUUUCUGACAUCAAGGAGGCUUCCAUCCCAGGGCUCCAUUCUGACAUCAAGGAGGCUUCCAUCCCAGGGCUCCAUUCUGACAUCAAGGAGAAAUCCAUCCCAAGGCUUCUUUCAGGCAUCGAGGGGGUAUCCAGCCCAGGGCUCCCUUCUGAGCUCAAGGAGACAUCCAGCCCAGGGCUCCAUUCUGAGCUCAACGAGGCAUCCAGUCCAGGGCUCCUUUCUGGCAUCAAGGAGGCUUCCAACCUUGGGCUCUCUUCUGACACCAAGAGGGCUCCUGGGGCUCAGUGCAUGGAGAAAGCCAGGGGCAAUGACAGCCAAGAGGCCUUGGCUUGCCCACCAUGGAAUUUAACCCACUGGCUAGGAAUGUGUGAUCCCUCAAUUAGAUCCCUGGCACCUGGCGAUUUAAGAGGGUUUGUAAAGUGCAUCCAAAGGACAAGGGUGGCAGGUCUGCUUAGUAAAUGGAAGUGGGCUCCUUGUUACCAGAAUGGAUCAAAAACUAGGGGUACAACAGCAGGCACCUGCUGUAUUUGUCUGCCAAAUUCCGGAUCAUCAGUGCCUCCACCAUGUCUACUUAAGACCAAGAAGAAAUUAGAGGAGGACUUAAAGGGACGUUCACCAAGUGUGCAAGGAGAAGGGGGAUCCUUUAAUAAUUGGAUUACAAAAUAUCAGAUUCUGUUUCUGGAUUCCACAUGGACAGUUCUCCUCUACCCAGGACCGCAAUGCCUUAACAUCCACAAGAAGGACAUUGUUUUGAAGCCCUGCCAGCGAAGGCUGACACUACACUGGGUCACAUUAAGCAAUAGGAAAACCCACAAGAGGAGGCUUAUUAUAACCCCUAUAGAGGUGUGUGUGCAGCUACACAGUGACAGGUAUGACAGUGAUUUCACAUUAAUAAACUGUUGCCUUUCCAAUCUGAACUGUUCCAGUGUCUUCCUCUCCCAGUUUGUUUCUAGCACUUUGUUGUGCAUUAUAAAAUCAUACAAAGAGGCAGCUCACAAUACAAACAGUGACUUAAACGUGGAUGGACCACUUGCCAUUGCCUUCUUUUAUCCAAUUCUUGGCAGGUCCUGUUGGGGAGUGAAGAAUUGUAAUGCCAGAAAAUCAUUAUUGGGAACAGAUUUAUGUCAACCUGAUCACAAGUGUCAUUUUGCAUGUCACAAGGGGAGUUUCAGAAUUGCCUGUGAAAACAAUUCACUUUGGGACUGGCUUAACUAUUCUGAGUUUCACAAGAUAGAGAUAUCCACACAAAGCAGGGGUGGAGAGCAGUUGAAAGGUGUGAAACAUAAUGCAUUCCAGUUUAGAAGGAGAUGGCUAAAAAACUGCUCCACUGCACACCUGUACAAUUUAACUUCCCAGGUGAGGCACCUUUGGAAGUGUAACAUAUGUGUUUGCCAUAUUCAGGAAAAGUACCAGGUUAAGAACCAGUCUGUACAAGAUCCACUAUUUUUCAUAAGCAAUUAUUCACAUUUGAUGUUUAAACAGUGUUGGUCCUUAUUUGAGUAUUUGAGAAGUGUUUUCUUCUGCCCGUACAGUCGAUGUUUGGGUGCAUCUGCUUGUAACCAGACCUGUGACCUGGAUGAGUGUUUGCACUGUUGUAUUACUGAAUGCUUUAAAUGUGAGCCAUGGGGCAACACGUGGAGAGAGGAGAUUUCAGCACCAGCCCACAGAACAGCUCCUACUGUUCAUACUGCUGCAUAUGUCAAACUUUCAGAGAAUCCUCUGCCCUCAAAAAAAAACUGUUAUGUCUAUUUUCAAUUUAACUCAACCAAAGGUUGCAAAAAAGCUACUUUUUCAAGAAAGAAUCUAGAGAUGCGUAAAAACAGUGCUCUACCCUCUCAUCAACAAUUAGCAAAAAGCAAAGCUAUGCAGCUUAAUCCCCCUCACCCCUUUCGUAUAUCACAGUCACAGGAUGUCAAACAGGAGAGCAAUGGGAGGAGUAGGGAGAGGGAAUCCCUGCGAUUAAUAAGGACUCGUAGGGCAGCUAACCGCCAUCCUCACUUCCCCCAGUAUAAUUACCAGGUUCAGGUGGCUGAAAAUCAGCCCCCAGGGACCCCAGUGAUAACCAUGACAGCACAGGACCCAGAUACAGGAGAAUCAGGGAGGCUUUUUUAUACCAUGGAUGCUCUGAUGAACAGUAAGUCUCUGGAGCUGUUUAGUAUAGACUCAGUGACGGGUUUAAUCUCCACCAUAGAAAUACUUGACAGGGAAAGUAUGGACCUGCAUUAUUUUAGGAUCACUGCUAUAGACAACGGAUCCCCACGCCUUUCGGCAACCACGAUGGUUGCCAUUACUGUCAGUGACAGAAAUGACCACAGCCCAGUAUUUGAACAGGCUGAAUAUAAAGAAAGUAUUAGGGAGAAUGUGGAGGAAGGGUACCCCAUACUGCAGCUGAGGGCCACUGAUAUCGACCACCAAUCCAAUGCUAAUAUUAAGUACCGGUUUGUCAAUGAACAAGCUGCCCACUCUGUUUUUGAAAUAGAUUCUAGGUCUGGUCUGAUCACCACAAGUGGGCUCGUGGACAGGGAGAAAAGGGAGAAGUACUCUUUAAUCGUGGAGGCCAAUGAUCAGGGCACGGAGCCAGGACCCAGGUCUUCUACGGUCAAAGUUGAGAUUACAGUUUUAGAUGAGAAUGACAAUGUGCCACAGUUUAGUGAAAAACGAUAUAUUGUUCAAGUGAGAGAGGAUUUAAGACCACACACUGAGAUAUUAAGGGUCACAGCCUCAGACCUCGAUAAGGAUAGUAAUGCUUUGGUUCAUUACAACAUCAUAAGUGGCAACAGCAGAGGACAGUUCUCCAUAGACAGUGUAACUGGAGAGGUACAGGUGGUAGCACCAUUGGAUUUUGAAACAGAGAGGGAGUAUGCACUCAGAGUACGGGCUCAGGAUGCUGGACGUCCUCCACUAUCAAACAACACUGGCAUGAUAAGUAUUCAGGUAGUGGAUGUCAAUGACCAUGCCCCUAUAUUUGUUAGUACCCCUUUCCAAGUCAAUGUGCUUGAGAACGUACCUCUUGGGCACUCGGUGAUCCACAUCCAAGCAGUGGAUGCUGAUUAUGGAGAAAAUGCACGCAUGAAUUAUAAAUUAACUGGGGUUUUGUCAGACAUCCCGUUUGUUAUCAACAGUGCUACUGGCUGGAUUACAGUGAGUGGCCUUUUGGACAGGGAAAAUGUAGAACAUUAUGUAUUUGGGGUUGAAGCCCGAGAUCACGGAAGCCCUUCUUUAUCAGCUUCUGCUAGUGUUACAAUAACAGUAUUGGAUGUGAACGAUAAUCGUCCAGAGUUUACCCAAAGGGAGUACUUUAUUCGAUUAAAUGAAGAUGCUGCUGUUGGAACUAGUGUUCUCAGUGUCACUGCCAUAGACAGGGACGUAAACAGUGCUAUCACCUACCAAAUAACUGGUGGAAAUGUCCGUAACAGGUUUUCAAUAAGUUCACAGGGGGGCUCAGGUCUGAUCACAUUGUCCUUACCCCUUGACUACAAGCAGGAAAGACGAUAUGUUCUCACAUUGACAGCUUCCGACCGCAUCCUCCAUGACAACUGUUAUGUCCACAUUAACAUCACUGAUGCAAACACUCAUCGACCAGUUUUUCAGAGUGCCCACUAUCCAGUUGAUAUAAAUGAGGACCGCCCAAUUGGAAGUACAGUGGUCAUUAUCUCUGCCACAGAUGAUGAUGUCGGGGAGAAUGCCAGGAUCACCUAUUCUUUGGAAGAUGUUAUCCCUCAGUUUCGCAUAAACCCUAACAGUGGAGCCAUCACUCUACAGGCAUCACUGGACUAUGAGGAUCAGAUGACCUACACUCUUGCUGUUGUUGCUAAAGAUAAUGGAAUCCCUCAAAAAUAUGACACAACUUAUGUAGAAAUAAUGGUGAAUGAUGUGAACGAUAAUGCACCCCAAUUUAUGAACCCUCAGUAUCAUGGAAUAAUCUCAGAGGAUGCCCCACCAUUCACCAGUGUUCUACAGAUUUCAGCAACUGAUAGAGAUUCCCAUGCCAAUGGGCGGGUGCAAUACACAUUCCAAAACGGUGAAGAUGGUGAUGGGGAUUUCACAAUAGAGCCAACUUCAGGGAUCAUACGCACUGUCCGGAAAUUAGACAGAGAAAGUGUUCCUUUUUACGAGUUGACAGCCUACGCAGUAGAUAGAGGGAUGCCACCUCAAAGAAGUCCAGUCCGGAUCCAAGUUGCUGUUCAGGACGUCAACGAUAAUGCCCCAGUUUUUCCUGCAGAUGAAUUUGAAGUUUUUGUGAAAGAAAAUAGCAUUGUGGGCUCAGUCGUAGGUAGAAUUAAAGCCACUGACCCAGAUGAAGGUCCCAAUGCACAGAUAAUGUAUCAGAUUGUUGAAGGAAACAUUCCUGAAAUAUUUCAAAUGGAUUUCUUUUCUGGUGAGCUCACAGCACUGAUAGAUUUAGAUUAUGAGACAAAAGCAGAAUACAUAAUCGUGGUGCAGGCCACCUCCGCUCCACUAGUCAGUCGUGCUACAGUUCGUAUUAAGCUUAUUGAUCAAAAUGACAAUAGCCCCAUCCUCAAGAACUUCCAGAUACUGUUUAAUAAUUAUAUCUCCAACAAUUCCAACACAUUUCCCUCUGGAGUAAUUGGAAAGAUACCGGCAUAUGAUCCUGAUGUUUCAGAUAGACUUUUCUACACUUUUGAACGUGGAAAUGAGCUUAAUUUAUUAAUAGUGAAUCAUAGCAGUGGGGAACUUAGGCUAAGUCGAAAGCUGGACAACAACCGUCCUUUAGUGGCAUCCAUGUUGGUCACAGUGUCAGAUGGAAUCCACAGUGUUACAGCACAAUGUAUCCUUCGUGUUCUUAUUAUCACCGAGGACAUGUUAUCCAACAGCAUCACUGUUCGCUUGGAGAACAUGUCUCAAGAGCGUUUCUUGUCUCCCUUACUGACCAGUUUCCUAGAGGGAGUGUCUACUGUACUUGCUACCCCAAAGGAAGAUAUUUUUAUCUUCAAUAUCCAGAAUGACACAGAUGUAGAUGGCUCCAUACUCAAUGUUAGUUUCUCUGCUCUUCUUCCGAAUGGUGACCGUUCCCAGUUUUUCAGCUCGGAGGACCUGCAGGAGCAGUUGUACAUGAAAAGGAUGACGUUAAAUUCUGCAUCUAUGCUAAAAGUUCUACCUUUCGAUGACAAUGUUUGCCUACGCGAGCCCUGUGAAAAUUACAUGAAGUGCAUUUCAGUGCUCAAGUUUGACAGCUCUGCCCCUUUUAUUGCCUCUGAGUCUAUUCUUUUCCGGCCUAUCCAUCCCAUUACUGGACUACGUUGCCGAUGCCCACAAGGCUUCACUGGGGAUUACUGUGAGACAGAGAUCAACCUUUGUUAUUCUAACCCGUGCCAAAACAAAGGAGUGUGCGUCAGAAGAGAAGGAGGCUACACGUGCAUCUGCCAAGAACGCUUCACAGGUGACCAUUGUGAGGUCGACAGUGGCUCAGGUCGGUGUGUUCCUGGGGCGUGCCGGAAUGGGGGAACAUGUACGAACCUGGCAGAAGGGGGUUUUACAUGUCAGUGUCCCACUGGGGGCUUUGAAAAGCCAUUUUGUGAGCUGUCAACACGAUCGUUUCCUCCCAAAUCCUUUCUCAUGUUCAGAGGGCUUCGGCAAAGAUUCCAUAUGAGCCUCUCACUUUCGUUUGCCACCAAGGAGAGAAACGGCCUCUUGUUCUACAAUGGACGCUUAAAUGAAAAGCAUGAUUUCAUUGCCGUGGAGAUAAAUGAUGGUCAGGUGCAGCUAAAAUAUUCUACUGGUGAAUCUAGCACACUGGUGACUCCAUACAUACCUGGAGGUGUUAGUGAUGGACAUUGGCACACCAUUCAGCUUCGGUACUACAACAAGCCAAAGACUGGAUCCAUGGGUGUAGCACAGGGGCCCUCAAAGGAAAAAGUGGCUGUUCUGGCUGUGGAUGACUGUGAUAUGUCUGUGGCUCUUAAAUUUGGUAGUGAGAUCAGCAACUACUCAUGUGCAGCGGAAGGGGUGCAGUCCAGCUCAAAAAAGUCUCUGGAUCUCACAGGCCCUCUCCUCCUUGGGGGAGUCCCCAAUCUGCCAGAAAACUUUCCUGUAGCACACAGGGAGUUCAUAGGGUGUAUGAGGGAUCUGUAUAUCGACAGCAAAAAGAUUGAUUUGGCAUCCUACAUUGCAAACAACGGAACAUCUGCAGGCUGCCAUGCUAAGCAUUCGUAUUGUGAUUCCAACCCGUGUAAAAAUGGUGGCAGUUGCACAGUGAGUUGGGGAACUUUCUCCUGCGAUUGCCCUUUAGGAUUUGGUGGGAAGGACUGCAGGAUUGCUAUGCAUCACCCACAUCAUUUCAAUGGAAGUGGUGUGUUGUCCUGGGAUUUUAAGAAUGAAGUAAAGGUCUCCAUACCAUGGUUUCUAGGCCUGGCAUUUAGAACCCGGCGGGCAAAUGGGGUAUUACUUCAGGCCUAUGCUGGGCAGUACACAACCAUACUCUGCCAGCUAGUCUCUGGACUGGUUUCAUUCUCUGUCAGCCGUGGCACCAGCCGUACCUCUACUCUCCUCAUGGACCAAAUGAUGGUGAAUGAUGGGAGGUGGCAUGACCUACAGCUGGAGUUGCGUGAUGUGCGCAGUGGCCGAGAGACACGUUAUGUCAUUACCAUAAACCUGGAUUAUGGGUUCUAUCAGGACACAGUACCUGUUGGAAAUGAACUGCAUGGGCUGAGGGUCAAACAUCUGUACGUUGGAGGAGUCCUGGGAAUGCAAGAGGUUCAGAAUGGCCUAGAAGGAUGUGUACAGGGAGUGCGUUUGGGCGAGACACCAACUGGUAUUUCCUUGUCCAAGCCGAGCAACUCAUUGAAUGUCAAGCCAGGCUGUAACCUUCCCAAUUCAUGUGAUUCUAACCCGUGCCAGGGAAACAGCUCCUGUGUGGGCGGGUGGCUUGGGCAUACCUGUGUGUGCCACCCAGGGUACUAUGGAGAUACCUGUGUUGAUGUUUGUCACUUGAAUCCUUGUGAAAAUAAAGGUCUCUGCCGUCAUCGUUCCAAUACCCCGCUGGGUUAUACCUGUGAGUGCAGAGAGAAUCAUUUUGGGCAAUACUGUGAGCAUAGGAUGGACCAGCAAUGUCCAAAGGGUUGGUGGGGAAAUCUGACCUGUGGACCAUGCCACUGUGAUGUAAAUAAAGGUUUUGACCCAGACUGCAACAAAACCAAUGGGCAAUGUCACUGCAAGGAGUUUCAUUACCGCCUGAAAGGAACAGAUACAUGUCUACCUUGUGAUUGUUACCCCAUUGGCUCUUCCUCAAGGUCCUGUGAUCCAAACACGGGUCAGUGCUAUUGCAGACCUGGUGUGAUUGGUCGACAGUGCAACAGCUGUGAUAAUCCAUUUGCUGAGGUGUCACCAAGUGGCUGUGAAGUUAUCUAUGAUGGAUGUCCUAAAACAUUGACGGCAGGAGUUUGGUGGCCCAGGACAAAAUUUAGUCUCCCUGCUGCUGUUCCCUGCCCCAAAGGUUCAUUGGGUCUGAGGGGUUCAGGCGCUGCCAUCCGACAUUGUGAUGAAGUGAAGGGAUGGAUGGAACCAGAUCUUUUUAACUGCACAUCCCCUGCCUUCAUGGAACUCUCUGCUUUGCUUGAUAACUUUGAGAGGAAUGAGACUGAGCUUAAUACCAUUGAAGCCAAGAAACUGGCACUCCGUCUGCGCGCUGUGACGGACCACAUGGAGCAGUACUUUGGGAACGAUGUGCAGAUUUCAUUUCGCCUGUUGUCUCUUCUCAUGCAGUUUGAGAACAAGCAAGAAGGGUUUGGGUUAACAGCCACCCAAGAUGCCCAGUUUACAGAGAAUCUCCUGAGGUCUGGAAGUUCUGUGUUAACGUUGGCCAACAAAGAACACUGGAAAACUCUCUUACACAAUGAGCAAGGCAGUUCCCGGCUCAUGGAGCUUCUUCAAGAGUAUAGCAGUACUUUGGCCAGGAACAUGAAACUGACCUACCUGAAUCCCGUUGGCUUGGUGACCCCAAAUAUAAUGCUUAAUAUUGAACGAGUGGAUAAUCAAAUUCCUGCAAGGAGACACUUUCCAAGAUACCAAAGUAAUCUUUUUCGGGGCCAAACACUCUGGGAUUCCCACACACAUGUAGUACUGCCAACAUCGGUCAUCAUGCCACCUAAAAAAGAAGUACACCCUCCAGUUUUGUCAACGCCAUCAUCUCCCGAGAUCAACACAACAACAGGGAUCCCUACGCCCAAGAAAACUGCCCCGGAGCCAGAGCCUCCCCCAACCUUCAUUAUACUGAUUGUUUACAGGACCUUGGGGGACCUGCUCCCUGCACGAUACAACACGGAACGAAGGACAUUCAGGCUCCCAAAGAAUCCGAUAAUGAAUUCGCCCAUUGUUAGUGUCUCUGCUUUAAGGGAUCAAUCAUUUAUCCGAGGGUCUCUGGAUGGUCCUCUUAUAUUAGAGUUCCGAUUGCUUGUGACAGUCAAUAGGAGCAAACCCCUAUGUGUGCAGUGGAACCAGUCUAAUCAAGUGGAGCCUCCAGGCAGUUGGACUGCCAGGGACUGUGACCUUGUCCACAGGAACUCCACCCAUGUGCGUUGUCAGUGCUCCCAGUUUGGUAGUUUUGGUGUACUUAUGGAUGGCUCCCAUCGAGAGCAGUUGGAGGGAGAUCUGGAGACCCUGGCCAUUGUGACAUACACCUGUCUGUGCAUCUCACUGGUGGCUCUCCUAGCAACGUUUUCAAUUCUCACAUUCCUAAAGGGACUGAAAUCCAACACUCGUGGGAUCCACUCGAACAUCGCCAUUGCUCUCUUCCUUUCUGAGCUCAUAUAUUUAUCGGGUAUCAGCCGCACAGAAAGCGAGUUCCUCUGCACAGUGAUUGCCAUCCUACUGCACUAUUUCUUCCUGUCCACCUUUGCCUGGCUUUUUGUAGAAGGACUUCAUAUUUAUCGUAUGCAGACAGAAGUCAGAAACAUCAACUUUGGUGCAAUGAGGUUUUACUAUGCCAUCGGAUGGGGUGUCCCAGCCAUUAUCACUGGUUUGGCUGUGGGUCUGGAUCCGGAGGGCUAUGGAAACCCCGACUUCUGUUGGAUAUCGAUCUAUGACAAACUAGUGUGGAGUUUUGCUGGACCCAUUGCCGUUGUGAUUGUGCUCAAUGGCGUCAUGUUCCUUAUGGUGGCCAAACUAUCUUGUUCCCCUGGACAAAAGGAAACUAAGAAAAAAUCUGUGCUCAUGACUUUGAGAACUUCUUUCAUCCUUCUCCUGUUUGUCAGCACCUCUUGGUUGUUCGGGCUCCUGGCUGUUAAUAACAGUAUCCUGGCCUUUCACUACCUCUAUGUUAUCCUGUGCAGCUUGCAGGGCCUGGGUCUGCUGGUUCUGUUCUGCAUUUUGAAUGAAGAGGUCAGAGAGGCUUGGAAAGCAAUCUGCCUUGGAAAGAAGGGACAAGGAGAGGAGGCAUCAAGACAGGCCCAAAUGAUGGGGCCGAAUGCGUAUAAUAACACAGCGUUGUUCGAAGAGAGCGGUUUGAUCAGAAUCACGUUGGGGGCUUCUACAGUCUCGUCUGUGAGCAGCGUGCGCUCUGCACGCACACAUUCCAGCCACAGGGCCUAUCUGAGAGAGAACAUUGCGGCUCGACAAGGAUCAGUCAUAGACCACAGUCUGAUGAGCCAUCACUCUGGCCCCACUGACCUUGAUGUUGCUAUGUUCCACCGAGAUGCAGGAGGAGGAGACGAUUCUGAUUCAGACAGUGACCUCUCACUAGAUGAGGAACGCAGUUUGUCUAUUCCUUCAUCAGAAAGUGAAGAAAAUGUCCGUCCACGUGGCAGGUUUCAGCGUCCAUUCAAACGAGCUGCACACAGUGAAAGACUUCUCACCAAUCCAACCAACCACAAUCCCAAAGAUGUUGAUGGUAACGAUCUGAUGUCCUAUUGGCCAGCUUUGGCAGACAGUGAGGGUCAGUCCAAUUCACUGCAAAAAUGGGGCUCUGAAAGGAGGCUUGGACUUGACCUUAACAAGGAUGCUGCCAAUAAUAACCAGCCUGAUUUGACCAGUGGGGAUGAGAACUCACUAACCCAUUCCCAUAGGCAAAGAAAAGGUAUUUUGAAAAACCGUCUUCAGUAUCCACCAGGUUUGUCGUCCAUGGGCAGAAUGACAAAUGAGUUAUCUUGGUAUAAAACUUCAACUUUGGGCCACAGGGCAGUCCCUGCAGCAUCAUAUGGUAGGAUGUACUCUGGAACUGGCAGUCUAUCUCAACCAGCCAGUAGAUAUUCUUCCCGAGAACAACUGGACAUGCUAAUGCGGAAACAGAUGUCCAGAGAACAGCUGAGUAGGAAUAAUUCAAGAGAACUUCUUGAAAAUGUUGCCAGUAGACAUGGAUCCAGAGAGCAACUAGAUACUAUACCAAGUAGACAUGGAUCAAGAGAACACCUUGAUAUUAUUCCCAGUCGGCAUGGAUCUAGAGAACACCUUGAAAGUAUAUCAAGUAGACAUGGAUCUAGAGAACAUUUAGAUCAGUCUGGUAUCAGAAAUGAUAGGAGAGAUCACUUAAAUUCCAUGUCUAAAAAGUAUGGUUCUGGAGAGCAUCUAGAGACAAUAAACAACAGAUUUGGAUCAAGAGAGGAAAUUGAUCCUGGGACUGUCAGAGAGUUGUCUCGAGAAUGGGUACACACUAUGUCUAGUCGACAAGGAUCUAGAGAGCAAAUGGACUCUUUAAUAAACAGACAAACAUCUAGAGAACAGCUUGAUGUUCUUUCUAGAAAACAACCUUCAAGGGACCAACUAGCAUCAGCUAAGCAGCCUUCAAGAGAACAAUUAGACUUUUUAUCCAGAAGAUCAAAUUCCAGAGAACAACUGGAUACAGUGCCUAGUACACAUUCCUUGAGAGAGAAUAUAGAGCCUCUUUCUAGAAGGCAGCCAUCUAGAGAAAAUUUAGAACCCCUCCAAAAAAGGCUUCCUUCUAGGGACAACCUUGAACCCCUUUGUAGAAGACAGCCUUCCAGAGAAAAUCUGGAAGCAAUUUCAAGUCGUCACCCAUCCACUGAACAGCUAGAUAUCCUCUCAUCAAUUCUUGCUUCAUUUAAUACAUCAGUUCUUUCCUCCACCGCUAAUUCAACACAGCAGCCAGUGACUCCUUCAGUACAGGGUUCCUCCACUCCUUCUGGGCUGUGUUCGUCCGCCACUCAUUCUGCUACGUCACACAGUAUUUCUGAGAUGUCUGCAGAUUCUGAAUUAGUGAGAAAUGAUGCUCAUUCCUGAAAAAUCUGAGCAGAGGUUAUAAGAAAGGAAAACUGUGGGUAAGUGUGUAUGCGCGCGCCUGGCUACAUAUUGCAAACAGAGGUUUGUAGUCCAUGAGCCAGAAGACCUGAGAGGUGUUGGAGCUGGAGAAUUUCAGAGAUCUCAGGUAAUGCCCUUUACCAUCCGCACCAACACAGUAAAACCCAUGCCGCUGAGAGAAAAUGAAAAAAAAACAACAACAAGCAAGGGUGCAAGCUCUGUCAAGAACAAAGGCAAGCGCUAUGGAGAGGUGAUGUCGUCGAUGUAUCUACAUAUCAACACUUGCUACUGAAGAUUCCUUUCAGAAUGUUGCCAUCUGUGGAGGAGAGAGGACAAUAAACUGAUCAGACUCUUUUUAUACAUUUUGUAUCUUUGUAACCAGAGCUAAAAGAAUAAUUUUUAUCCUUAUUUUUACUGAAUCUAUGUCGAUGUCAUUCCAACGCAGAUGCUGUUAUUAUUAGGGCUUCUUUAAAAUAAAUAUUUUAAGAGCCUCGGGUGAUGGUAGGAGGGAGGUCAUUAAAUUUCGAUAAACAUGGUUAAAGGUCUAUCAAAUCUACUCACUUGAUGAGGCAGAGUAUAUGUUAAGCAUGUGCACAAAUGAUCAUGACAUGUGCACAGGAUGUGUUUUAAAAGCAAAAUAAGUUUAGUGUUAUUGUUAAAGUCAGUAUCUGCCGUGUUCCCAAAUCUGAGUUUGGCCCUCCUCCUCCCUGAAAGAUGUCAGCAAUGCUUUCUGAAUCAGAAAAAAGAACUUUAAUUGGAAAGUGGCUUUAGGAUGCUUUAAACAGAGAUUUCUGCCAGCAACCCUUAGAAUAGGGAAGUUAUAAACUAUACAUCAAAUGUGUUCUAGCUGUUUUACUUAUGUACCCUUCAGUUAUUGUGUAUGAUAACACGGUCUGUAACUUCCAUUGUACACGUAAUUUAUUUCUAUUCUACUGACACGAUGUGGAGGAAGUUAACUUUUUGUUUCUUGGGUUGUUUCAAAUUAUUUAUUUAUUUUUUGGGAAAGAAGGACCUUCUUUUCUCGUCAUUUCUGCAUUUACAACCCAAUAAUAAUGCAUCAAGAAGGGUCAGUGGUGUGAGAUUUAAUUAAACAGAGCAAAAAUCUAAGCAAGGUGCCAAAUGGUUCUGUCUACCCUACAUUAUCUGAUUUCACCACUGGGGAGCAACAUACACUAUAUGGUUGGUUUUCUCUUUAACAGCAGCACACUCUAGGCGACCUACUGAAAUAGAGAAAAAUUACUGUAUUUCAUGUUGGGCAACUAUCUUCCAAUCAAACUGAUUAGUUGCAUUCUGUCCAUGUACGGUUUAAUCAGAGAUGGCAAAUAAUCAUGUCAUGUGUCUCUUCCUUAUUUAACAUUCUAGUGCAAUAUGCGU